CUUCACUUGAAGCAAAUUAGAUUAGCAUAACGAUGGCUGAGGUGGACAGUCUGGUGUCGGACCUGCUGCAGGUGAGGAAGCUGUUCGCGAACAACCACCUUAGCGACGUUCUGUUCAUCUUCACGUCGGACUCUGGCGGUUCUCCUGCGUCUGACGGGGGCGAGAACGACAAAAGCUCGACAGCAGGAGACCACCUUAUCCCAGCACAUCGGCUUGUGCUGUCGCUACGUAGCGGUGCAUUCCAGACGGCAUUGCUAAAAGCGAAAAGCAGCCAAGUGCCGGGUCAGGUGCGAUUCCCACUGAAGAUUCACGUGCAGGAUACGCCCUACCGCGUAUUUUAUUCGCUGCUGAGGUUCUUGUACACGAACGAUCUUGGUGCAGAGGGGGAAGAUGGAGGCAAGCGAGGCCGAGAGGAAUUCUGGCAACAGCUGCUGCGAGCAGCGUUCGUAUAUCUGGUUCCAUCGUUGGUCGAUAUUUGUGUCAAGAGAAUUACAAGCUUCUUAGAACUGGAAAGUGAUAAAGUGGAGGAGGAAAAGGUAGAGGAGGAGUGUGAAGAUGCCGAGGAGCGGAAGCGACGGUUGCAAAAGAAGACGCUGGAUGUGUUGGUGUUUAUGGACACAGUGUUGGCGACAUACCCGUUGACUGCUAGACGAAGAGAACCGUCGGAUUCGCAUACGAUAACCCCGCCACCGUCGCAAAAUGGACGUCGGUCUACUGGUGACGGGAGUGAUGCUGGCAGCUCAGUGCUGUCACGAUGCGCCGAGGCUGUGUGUCAACUGCAGAGCAUGUGCUUGAAGCAGCUUCAGCACAUGGAUGAAGCUGCGUUCGAGGAAUUAUUGCAGAGUGACACUGGACGGCAAUGUUCUACAGAGAGAUUGUGCGAAAUCUUGAGAAUGCGAUCAGAUACGCCGCUGGUUGUGGCAAUCCGAUAUCAGCUUGGUCGUGUGGUAAACGAGCUUCUGCUACUGGGAGAACCUUUGGAUCAAGUCGGAGGCGAUGAGAUUGAUUUGCCGCUUGUUGCAGCACUGAAGACUGGGAACAACGCGAUUAUUCGCCGCCUGCUUGUCGACGAAAGCGCGCCGUUCUUCCUGCUCACCGACAAAGUUCCGUUAAUAUUUUUGGCCAGCGCGAGUGGAAAUGUGCAGCACUGCGAUAUCCUAAUUGAACAGAACGCUGCUGAUGUAAAUCUGAUCUCUCAGCUGAAGGACGGUGACAAGGAGAUUACUGCAGAAUUUGGGCACCAACAGACCCCGCUACAUAUUGCCUGUCGAAAGGGCCACAGUGCGGUGGCGGAACUAUUGCUACAACACAAUGCCGCUUCUAAUUUGCCUGACGAGGAAGGGAAUACGGCUCUACACUACGCUUCAAACAUCGAGACUGUUGAAGUGCUGCUGAAUAGUGCAUUCAGAACGAAUGCCAACAUUCCAAACAGGCGAGGACGGACACCAUUGCACAUUGCUGCAGCACGAGGAGACGUCGCUGUGGUUGCAUAUCUGAUCCGUCAUGGUGCAGAGCAAGACAUUGUGGAUGAUCAAGGGCAAAACGCGUUUCAUCAUGCUGCUGCAAACGGCCACACAGCGGUCACUCUUGUUCUGCUCCACGAGAACGAAGCUGCUAUGGCAAAUGCAAAAAAACUGGUAAUAACUAGCGAGAGCAAUGGAACGACAGAAAAUACUCACUCUGAAGAUUCACAGCAAAUGAAGCAAACCGGUGGUGGCGAAAUUGACAGCGCAGAAGAGAACGGAGAAAAACGAGAAGAACCAAACGGAUUUGAUAUUAACAGGGAAGACUUGAAGGGCAACACUGCUCUUCACCUCGCUGCCAUGUCCCCAUCCGAGCGGUGUCAGAAAAUGCUGCAAUUAUUGCUGGAGAAUGGCGCAGAUCCGAACCGGGCGAACUGGUUUGGAUACACUGCGCUUCAUUUGCUUUGUUCGCACCAAAACGGACCGGCGUCACUAAUCAACGCAUUUAUUGAGCACGGUGCAAAUAUCCACGCGCAGAGCUUAGACGGUAGUACUGCAUUGCAUCUGGCUGUAGGUCGAGGAAGCGAAGACGUUGCAGUCGCACUGGUAAGUGCCGGUGCCUUCGUGCACCUGUUGGACGCAGCAGGACGCAGCGUGGUGGACUUGGUGGAGAACACGAACCAGGGAUCGAUGCUAGUGCCAGUGCUACGCAACCUGUCGCACCCACCCGAGUGGGUGGGUGACGAGCAGACCACCGAGUGUUCAUCGUGCCAUACAACCUUCCGACUAGCCAUGCGCAAACACCAUUGCCGCCACUGCGGUCGCACCGUGUGCUACAACUGCUCCAGCAACAAGAUCACCAUCCCAAAGUUCCAAGUACUUAAACCCGACCGAGUUUGCGAUACCUGCUUCGACGUAUUGUCCUUCCGGAAGCUAUUGUAAAAAUUCGCAAAUCAAACAUCUUCAAGAUAUUCCCAGAUGGCUACAUUUUUUCUUCCGUUGACAG